AUGGCACAAAUAGGAAACGGGGUGCAAACCCGUCCAGAACUGGAGAAGUCAGCUGAACAUGGCGAAGAGAAUGGUACCGAAGUGAUUGAUGACAAUGAUACAGUUAGUGCACUUCGAGCCGAUCUCAGCAGUAUCAAUGCUGAUUUGACAUCGCCACCAAUUAAUUCCCCAUCAACUAAAUUUCGUGGUUCAAUUUGCUGGACAGAAGGUUUUGAAAAAAAUCUUCAUGUUCUAGCCAAAGAUCAAUAUGCCGGUCGAGCUAUGGGUGUAUUUACUAGCGGUGGUGAUGCUCAAGAAGUGUUCCACUAA